GAAUCAUGCAUGACGCAUAUAAAACUGAAAACUUUCUUUUUGAUGUGAUUCUCCAUGUGUUAGCCAAUGUUCAUUUGUUAAAAUAUAUUAUUUCAACAUCUUCGCUGUAAAUUAGCAGUUGAAAACUUGAAAAUGACUUAGCGGCAAGAAUCAUAUUUUUCUUUUCCUAUUUAUUUUGUUUCUGUAACAUAUGUUCUCUUCGGCCAUACUCGUCUGCUUUUUACUGAAAAAGAAUGAUCGUUAAAAGCGAUAAAAUUUUAUGUUUCACAUACGAAUAUUGCGUUACAUAUACAAAUUUUGCGUAUUACUGAGUUUUUUCGUUUAAUGACUGUUAAUAAGGUUUGCAGCCUGUCUCGUUUGCAUGUAUAUUCUCAUUGUGUUAAAAGAUAAUAGCCCAAGAGAUAAUAUCAGAUCUUAUUAAAACAUAUAUGAAGCUUUGUUACAGAAUAUAGACCAUUUGUGACAAGAUCGUCGUAAUUUCGAAAAGAAAUGUCGAUUUUAUCUCGCGAUAUAAAGCUCUUUCGAUUUAAGACAACCAUUAUCUAUUUAAUAGGUGGUAAAAAGAAGAUUAAUUUUUGAAAGGGAAAGAAAAUACACACGGGAUGUAGUUGUAUGCGACCAAGAUUUUCUUUAAGCAUUUUUUAGGAUUGGACGGGUUUUACGCGUUUCAAAAGCGACCGAGAAGGGUCGGUCAAGGGACGGAUGCACGCCGAUCUUACGUGAUCUUUUACGUGCGUGGCGUAUCUCGUACGCACCGCGCGACGGGGUAAGUCGGCGACCAGGCGACGACGGCGUGUGCAUGCCGGAAUUGGGUCCGCGGAAAAUCAAUAAAACGCCGGAACGACCUGCGUUAUAUGUCGACCUACAUUCGAGCACUAGCGUGCCACCUUCGUUUUUCUAAAAAUAUCUCGGGAGGGGGAGGGGGGUAAUUUCUCCUUUCCGCCUGGUGGAAUAGUCGCGUGCACCGAUCCCGAUCGUUUCGAUGCGUGUUGCUCCGUGUCGAAGCGAAAUUUCCAGUUUCUCGAUUGCGAGCGCGGCGAUGGCGAACCACGAUUUCCGAAUGAAACGCCUCGGAUCGCAUCUAGACCGGUUAAGCCGUUGAACUUUAAACUAUCAUUUUAAUACGAAGAAUUUCAUACAAAUUUUUUAUACGCGUAGAUGUAUGGACUUUCUUGCCGUAUAAAUGAACAUUUUCUUCCCUUGUACUUAUAGUAUGUAACAUUGAAAUGAGUAUUUUAAUAAAUAAUUACGAGAUGUGCUAAUUAGAAAUAUUUGAGAAUUUCUAAAUUAUGUUGUUAAAGAAAUUUGAACUGCUACACGGGUUAAGAUAAAUAAUCUCGAAGAGUAAUCAGUUUAAAAUAAUUUCUUAAAUAAAUUAAUUUCUAUGAUAAAAUUUUAUCCUAGUAUUUUCUCAUGGAAUCGUAACUUCUGCAAAGAUUGUUACAAAUUAAAUAAUCCGAUUAUAUCUCUUGAGCUCUCAGGAAAUUAGAGAGAGAAUUUUGUACGAGAUUCUUAAGAAAUAGAAUGAGUUAAAGAAAAGUAUUUAAAGUAUUGUAUAAAUCCAUUAUUAUUUAAAAACUUGCUUAACCGUGUAUAAACAAAUGUGAUUGAUUUUUAAAUGAUUAAUUGCCAAAUUUUUUGUUUUAAACUAUUUUGAAAGAAAGAUUUGCCUUAACAUCAUGAAUUCAAUGUAUUCCAAUCAAAAAAAUUAUUUACAAAAAAUGAUAGUUAUUACAUUAAAAUUUUAUAUAAAUUCAAGUCUUGUUAUACACAAAUAUAAAGAGGAGAAAGCAAGAAAUAAUGACAUAUUUCAGUACAUCUGAUUCAAUGUGGAUCCGCUUGUACAUAAAUAUACGUUUCAAGGAUAUGAAUGCGAGAAUUCUUAAAUAGGCAGUUUAUAGAUAACCUUUAUACAUGAAAAAUUGCGUACUAUUUCAAAUCGAUUUUUGUAUGGGCCGAUAUGAAUGGGAAACGUUCAUAAGAAUAUUUUUCUUAGCACACACAUAAAUUCUCUGAUAUAGAAAUUAAAUUAAUUUCACGAGAUUCUUAUAAAACAAAAUUUCUUUUUGAGGGAAUUAGUCAUAUACUGAUAUUGCGAAAUUUGAUAACAUUAUCUGUAAGAUAUUAAUUAUGAUUUAAUCAACGUAUGUUAACUCUUUGUUUAUUUAAUUGACGAAAAAUUUUUACUUAUCUUAGUGUCUAUAAUUACAGUAAAUAAUAUUAAAAAUUUCAUAAAUCCGUGUUAACAGAAUCGUGUCAGGAUCACAUGCAGUCGUUAAAAAUAUCUUUAGUAGGCAUCAAAGACCAAAUCAAGAGAAAUAGCGAAGCAUCGAUAUUCGGUAGUUUAGUAAUUUAGAGAGUCUAGUAAAAGAAGAGUUAUUGCCUGCUGAUUACAUGAAAAGAUAAUUUUUCUUUUUUCUCUUGGUAAAAAAUUGAAACCCUUGCAUGAAUGCUUCUAUAUAUAUUAUAUAUAUAUGAUCUAACGCUAAUUAUGAGCAUAUAUCUUCUUUUUUUCCUUGUCCCUAUUUUCCAUUAAAAAUUAACCGUCGCAUGAAUCCCUCCCGAUAUAAUGCGGAAGCUAAUAAAUAAUUUCACAAACGAAUAAAUGAAGCGGCUGCUAUAGUUCCGUGUAGUGCAAGGGACACUCGUCAACACGCUUGCGCCGGUCUCACGUGUGCACGUAUUCUUGUUUCUAUAUACACCUGUGUGUUGUACGGGAAAGUAACAAGAAGUUACACAUCAGUGUUGUUUUAACGGGCGAGCCGCGUAGAGUAUCGUCCUGCGCGUCAUGGACAUUAUUAAAGGUGCUUCCUUUCGCUUUCGCUUUCGCGUAUAAUUGUUUCACGCGAAUAAUUACGUACGAGCAAUUUGUAUUUUUUGGUUGUUUUCGUAAUGUGCUUAAAAUGAAAAAAAAAGAGAUAAAUUAAAAAUGCAGCUAUUAAUCUUCUCGAAAAGUGCGCGAUUUGUCGAAUGUGCUUGACAAUAAUUUACAUCUGCUUAAAAAAAAAAAAAUAUAUAUAUCAAAAUUUUAAACAAUCUUUAAAUACAUAUAUAUUAACGCGCUUAUAUGUAUAAAUUACAAAUAUGACUAAUUAAUUCCCAAUAGCGUGUGUGUGAAACUCGUUACUUAAUUACGUUAUCUUUAAUCUCAUUGAAGUCCAAUAUUUUUUUUUACUCUUUUUUUUGUGUUGCUUCUUAUUUAAUUGGAUUUUACAUAUUAACGAAGUACAAUUUGUUGGACAAUUUGAUAGAAACAAUAUGCCGCGUGAAGAAUUUAUAAAGUGAUAAACUACACAAGAAAAGAGACGACAAUAAAAUUUAAGCAAUUUUGAUCGGAAAAUUAUUUUGUUCCAAUUGAUUAAUUUUUCUGCAAAAAAAAAUCAAUGGAAAUUUAAAUCAAACGAUUUUUAUCCGUGACAAGAAUCUUGACAGUGAAUGGGAGUAAUGUAAAGAUUUAUUUACAAAGAUUUACAAUACGAUAUAAAGAUAUGCGAUCAUUUUUUAAUUCAAGAUUGUCGUUCAAAUAUCGUGCUAUUUAUUUGAUGUUUGCUUAAGGUACGUGUAUCAAGUUAAUGCUUCCGUAAUGUAUACAAAUCUUUCGCAUUGCAACGUUACAUUGGCGUUUACUGCCGCGUGAACUGAAAAGAUUAUGCUAUGUACAAAUCGCAACAGGUGCAUUUUAAUGACGUGCAACGAAGUUUGAAUGUUGUUCUCAGAACUUUUUAUUUUAUAAAUGGUACUUUGCAUCGCUUUGAUAAGAAUACACGCUAAUCGGCAAAUGGAUUGACGUUCUGAGAAAAUUGACAUAAAGUGUACAAUCAUUUGCGAUAUCCUCGGGGAAAAUUGGCCUAUUAAACCAAUUGUUUUCAUGCUUAUCGCUUUAUAAUACGACUUCGAUUUCGAACGAUAAACUUUUGUAAUACUUUAUGCAUCGUUUAUAAAUAUCUUAUUCACGAACAUUUCUUAAUAAGUUCUUCGCACGGUGAAUGUCUCGCUAUUGAUCUCGCAAAGAUAGUUUAAUAAAUCCUUUAUUGUAUUUAACUCAGUAUAGAAAUAACGUGAUUGACAAUAAUAGGAAAUACGAAAUAAAAUUGCACUUCGUUCAUUGUCCUUGUUAAACUAAAUUAAUCAAAAAUAUAACGUUCUAAAUAAAGAAGUGAAAGACGCGUUUUACAGAAAGAUGUAUUUUUGCAACGGUAUUUCUGAUGUCGAUAAACAGAAUAAAAAUAGUCUGAACGUGUCUAACGUUAAGUAGUGAACAUCAGGUGGAGUAAAAACGGAAAGCAGUUGCUGUAUUUCUUUGUCUCUAACUUAUGCAAGUGUCUCUUUUAUUGUUAACUAUUUUUCGUCUCUUUCUACAUGAUCUUUAAAUUUUCCAUUUUCCAUUAGGUCUAUCUUUUUCACGUCAUGGGAUAAACGAUAGUUUUCUAUAGGAAGUGUCACUGACAUAAAACUGUUAAAGUAUCGAUCGCGACCUUGUGACUUGGAUAGAAAUCUUCUCGUGAUUAUAUGUCCAUGUUGUCCGUGAAUCGAUUUAGAAGUGUUAUAUGAUUGGACUUUGGUCAUUUAAGCCACGCCGAAGCGGCAAGGCGGAGGUGAUGUUAGGUUCUAUUAUGUUUCACGUGAGGAGGAGGCCCGCAGAUUACAUGCCGCGGAAACGUAAAAAGAAACCAGCUGGAAAGUGGAACGAGCUGGAUCAUAGAUACGAGGACGAGAGGCUACCAUUCCUGUUGGAGCUUAAUCCUGAUGGCAGCGAUAUUCCGAACGGCGCCGGAGUACGACAUCGAUUACAGCCAAAUGUCACGGAGGUCGGAUCGGAGAGACCGAUAGGACCGCAAGCUGUGCAAGCGCAAACGCUGACGCUGCCAGGACCAACGGUGAUGCCCAGGCAUUGCGUUAUAGCUUUUACCGAGAAUAUCGUGACCCUCACGCCGUGUUCCAGAGACGCGCACACGUACGUCAACAAUCAGAGGAUACAUCAGACGACUAUUCUGCAGAAUGGCGCUAUCAUCAAGUUCGGCAGAAUGCACACCUUUCGAUUCAUCGACCCGGCACCGGAAGAACGCAUUAGACAGAGACACGAUUCCAACAAACAGAUCGACUACGCUUACGACCGACGCUCGCCGGAUGCGACCAGUCAGGACGUCAGCUCGGAAAAAUUUCAUCCGGGAUCUGGAACACCGAACGGCGGUGGUCAGAUCCCGGGGCAGACACAAGAACGAGUAGCUCCGUCGAGUCCCUCGAAAUCCACUGUCGCAGCAGUUCGUAGCCCUCGUAGUCCCACGCACCCGCCGGAGCCCACGCACAAUUACGAGACAACAUUCGACCUGGAUGGAAACGUGGAGACCGCUAGUCUGAGCAGCAGUAGGGACGGCAACAGGCUCUCACAAUACGAUCGGCAACCGCGAGGCACGGAUCCAAUCCUGCCAGCAGUCUUGGAGUUCCUCGAGGAAACAGAGGAAACGUUUCUCCACGCUGUCAUCACCGAUGUAGAGCCUUCGGCACCACAAUUUAAGUUGGCGCCAACUUAUACCCUCUAUCUCAGCGCAAGAUAUCGCGCUAGCACUCAUUACAGACCAGAAUUGCAGCCCACAGAAAGAGCGCAUCGACUUACCGUCAUGUUGGCAAAUGUUGCUACCAUGAUCCAACGUGUUAUCCAGGAACGUUACAUGGACGCAUCGUCGUUGGCCUUUUGGUUGGCGAAUGGCUCGGAACUGCUACAUAUGUUGAAAAGUGAUCGGCAUGUAGGUGCAUUUUCUACACGUGCACAAGACAUUUUAGCAGAUGCGGUGCACACGGCCUUUGGUUCACUGGUGCGCUGCGUCACUUUAGAGCUCACGCCGGCGAUGACGCAGUUCAUGGCGGACGCAGACGAACCAGCAAAGGAAGCUGGAGUAUUACAGAUCUUCUCAAAUACAAUGGCUUUACUACGACGUUGCAGAGUCAAUGCUGCGUUGACGAUACAGCUGUUUAGUCAUCUGUUUCAUGCGAUCAACGCCACCGCCUUUAACACCCUCGUCUCGAAUGGAAAUCUGUGCGUCAGAUGGUUCGGACGCAGACUCAAAGCGAGGCUAAACGCACUGGAAACUUGGGCCGAGAGGCAAGGCUUGGAACUUGCCAGUCAAUGCCAUUUGGCGACGAUUAUGCAGGCGACUCAUCUAUUGCAAGCUCCCAAAUACAAUGCUGAGGAGCUUGCCACCCUAAGCUCGACCUGCUUUAAAUUGAAUUCUCUACAGGUGAGGGCGUUACUACAGAAAUAUCAACCGGCCGCGGACGAGCCUAGGCUACCUGCCGAGUUAAUCGAGAACGUAGUGAGAGUAGCAGAGAGUGUUGCGGAUACACUUGCGCGUGCGGACGGCCGUGAAAUAAGACUGGAAGAGGAACCUGUCUUAGGGUUAGCAUUACUACUUCCCGAGGAUGGUUAUAGCUGCGAAGUAAUAAGAGGCGUUCCACCAGGACUAGCGGAAUUUCUGGCACCUCUGCAACGAGACGGUUUAUGUCGAAUGGCGGCCCAACCUACUAGUAGUGGCUAUUGGACUAUUUAUAUGAUAGACCAUCACAAUAAUUUGCGUAGUCCCAGCGCAAUGAGUAAUAGAUCAGGUGGCUAUAUGAGCCAUAUCAAUCAAAAUCAGGCUCAACCUGAGAUACAUGUCAUUAAAUUGCAUAAAAGUACCAAUGGCAUGGGCUUAAGCAUAGUCGCAGCAAAGGGCGCAGGUCAAGAUCGAUUAGGUAUCUACAUCAAAAGCGUUGUUGCUGGUGGUGCUGCUGAUGCUGAUGGUAGACUGACGGCAGGCGAUCAAUUACUCAAAGUAGAUGGACAAAGUCUGGUUGGAAUUACACAGGAAAAAGCUGCCGAGUAUCUCGUGCGCACUGGUCCAAUCGUGACAUUGGAAGUUGCAAAACAAGGUGCUAUAUACCACGGACUCGCAACGUUAUUAUCUCAACCUUCUCCUGUGAUGGCAAGAGCACGUAAGACUCGGCCGAGGUCCGAGCUCUUAGAGCCAACGGUAGAGGCAACGGAGACCACCAAUAAUCAGCCAGCCACGUCACACUCGAUGGGCGAUUUAUUGUCCUACCCGAAGCAGGCGCCGUGUCAGGAUUUAGUUCAACCAGGUGCGAUUCCAUCUCAAUGCGUUGUUGAGACAUCUUUUUAUCGUAAUCAGGUCGAUCGAGGUUUUCCACGAAUCGACGUCGAUGAGUAUCGUUCCACGCGGCAAGAUCCGUUCUCCACCUUUCGUCAGAGAAGCGCGUAUCUCGGUGUCUAUCCCGUCGAGGCGCACCGCGGCGCCGUCGACGAGAGAGAAUACAUUUAUCGUCCUUCCACCCCUACCGUAUCUCCCGUACGUCUCUCGAGACCUCGUAUGCCUUGUCCUCUGAUUUCUAUCACAAGUGACAACGAGGUAUCAUCCGUUAUAUAUCAAGAUGAGAGUGACGAGAGCGAUGACAAAAUCAUAGAGGAAGAAGAAGGUAACACGGAACAAGGUGAAGCCGCGACGAGUAAUUCAAAUUAUUCGGAUACUUUAAAUCCAUUCGAAAGAAUCACCACUCCGCCACAGGAGUAUGCGGGAACUACGAAAGAUUACAAAUUGCUGGAGCAGCCGCUGGCUUUUGAAACAAAUUUUUUCGACAUUAUACCCUAUAUUGAUCAAACUGACGAUAUUAAUUUAACAGAAUCUGAAUGUGUUCAGGUAAAGCCGAGUAAUAAAUGUGAGCAUUGUGUUAAAACCGGUUGUGACGACAAUGUUAAUCCUAGAAAUUCUCAGAUACGCAUAAAUGUAGAGCGCAAUAGGCAACAGACUUUAUGUGUUCCUGAAUCUAAUUUUGAGAUAGAUACGCGUAACAAUCCGAACUUUUCAUUGAUUACUAAUUCGUUUUCUGCAAAUAAGUCAGUAUUAUUUGUCAAAGACGCUGUUCCUGGAUCAGAUUCUUUUACAGAAUCUAAAUCGGAUGAUCUCUCGCAUCUUCAAGGCAUACAUAAUACUACGAAAUGUACGUUGAACAUUGGUGAACGGUGUGAGGAUAAAUCAGACGACAUUUCCAAUUCUGAAGAUUGCGCGGAUGAGUCCAGUUCCACGAUUAAUGAUGAUUGCGCAUCGAGUAGAGCCGAUAGAGACACCGAAGAAGGAAUCUCGACUCCCAAGAUGUAUACGAUAAUGCCCGAGUUGCAUCUCGAUUUGAGCGGACUGAAUAGCGAUGUGUCCAGUGACGAAUCUAAAACGGAGAAAUGUUGGAAGUCGCCGGAAGAAGUGCGCUUAGGAUGCGGUAGAGUCGCAGCGCUAGCGAAACAUUUUUCGAAACUUGGUGACGCUGGUCUGAUCAAAUUCAAAUCGACCAAGUUGAAUGGUUCCCGUCAGUUCGUAUCGGAACCAAAUAUCAUUACGCCGGAUAAGAAUGAUGAACAUUUGCAUCGACCUUGUCACGCGCAAAAAGAAUAUAAAUCGGAUUCAGAUUUGGCAAGAGAAGGGGAUGAAAACUCUCAUAUUUGUUCAGCUGGGAGACGCAACAAUGUUAUUUUAGUUGACGUUGAAACGGACGGCGAUUUUGCAAUCGAGGAAUGUAAGUUUCAUCAUUGUGGCGCUAGGCGAGUCACAAUUGCAAGAAUUCCAAUGAAUGAACAAGUUGAUACUAAAGAAAGUUCAAUUUCAUCAGUGGACAUAUUAAGUAAUGAUAAUAAAGAUCAGGUGUUUCUUGGCAUAAAAAAAGAAGCAGAAAUUGAAAAUGACACUGUAACAAGCGAUGAUGUGGCAAACAAGUCUCAAGUUUUUUUUACAGCAAAAAACCGACAAAAAAUGCCAGUUGAAAAAGAUAGCACCUCUAAACUCUCCCUCGAGCAGCAGCAAGUAAUCGCAGAACAACUCGAGCAGUUUUCAAAUCUGGAUAACAUCAAUGCGCCUUUGUUUAUACCUGAACAAGAUCUGAUGCAAGCUCCUGCCGUUUCUACAAAAAAUGAAAAUAACGGAGCGUCCGCUGUUGGCGAUUUGACUCAGCCAAAUUUGAUAAAUCAACUAGAGGCGGCGCCUCGAGAGAAAUCGUCGUCGUUGAUCGAUACGGAUGAUAACUUUCAAAAAAUGAAGAAACCCUCUGAUUCUUCGUUAUCCUCUUCCAUGCCUUCUAUUCGUUCCCCUUUAUCUUCUCAUUCUUCCAUCGUGCUGUCGCUAUCAAACGUUGCGAAAAGUUCUCUAUCCUCGGAAGAUAUCAGGUCACAGAUUCAUCAGUAUUGCAGAAAACAUCCCAAAUGCUUGUUCAUAGACAUUUCUCAUUCUACCGCUAAGAAUUGCUCCAACGACAGCUUCUCGAAGAGUUCGUCGAUGCUUCCCCUACGUGCGAACGCCUAUUCACGAUCGGGUGAUAACAAAUUGAACGUUCUACGAAUGCGAAUUGCCAGACCUCUCUGUAAUAGUGAAAGCAAUCUAAUCGGUGCUACAAUUUAUGGAAAAGAAGAGAUUGAGAGAGACAUCGAUUUUCACGACAAGUUCACUAAGUUAACGCGAAGUUAUGAAAGUAUUUCAAACAGCAGAUUUUUAUCUGAUUCUGAUGAUCGAACACGAUCCUCCGAAAGUCUUUGCGAAGAUUUUGAUUCACCUUGUAAGUUUUACAAUAGAUUGAUUUCGAGUCCUAAAGGAAGUAUGCGAUGGCAUCGUCAUCGUUCUCUCGAAGAGUUGAAAUCGAAGAAAGGAUUGAGGAGGCUUCAAGCUGCUAAAGUCCAAAAAUUUCACAAAUUUUCUGAUGGUAAAUUAGAUUCCGAGGAUGAGGAAGACAUGCGAUGGAAUCGUCAUCUGUCGCUCGAAGAGUUGGAAUCGGAAAGAGAAUCACACAAGCAAGAUGGACGGACAAAUUUAGGUCGAACUACCGAAGUACAAAGAUCUGACUGUAUGUCGAAAAAAGGACUUCGCACAAAGCGCAUAAGCCAUGAACGAUUAAAAAGUAGCAAACUUAAAUUGUCGCGUGGAAACGAGAGAAAAGACGUGGAACGACAAAAAUUGAGAAUGGAACGGAAAUCUCAGAGUGAGCUUGACGUUUCGAGACGAAAGUCCGAUUCGGAGAGGGACAGUUGGAGCUUCCGCGAGAUCAGCUCGCUGAAAAAUGAUGACCGAUUCGACUUGCGUCCUCGUCGCAUGAGCGAGCGGGAUUUACCGUCGCGGCUUGGACACGACGCCACUCCUCAGCAAAUCCACAGCAGCAAGUCUGUGCCGGCAUUGCAUAAUAUGGGAACCGAGGUUAAACAACAGCAUGAGGUAUUCAAUCCCGGAUACAGCAGAGCUUCUUCCAGCAACAGUGUUACACCGCCUGUUCAACCACCCCCUAUGGCGACAAUUACCAGCGGAACUUCCUUGCGUUCCAGGUCGAGCCAUAAUUUACAUGAUAUGAGAAUUGGAACUUUACCACCCACUGGCUUGGUUAGCAGGCAACAAUCGUCGCCCAAUUUAAAUCCAAAUGCGACGCACGUGAAUGCACCGUCGAAUGCACAGGGUACAGAAGCAGAGCGAUUUUACCAGAAUCUGAGUAUUUAUCGAAAUCAAGAUUCGACAGUGAAGCAACAAAUCAGUCCACAACAGGCAGACGACAGAAACCCUCAGCACAUUCAAAAGAGUUCCCUGAGGGGUUCGCAGAACUCGUUGAAUCGUCCGUCUACCAUGGAAGUUAGCGGCCAUAUCCGAGACCGUCCAACGUCUGCAUACGUCGCCCAAGGCCAGCAACAAAGUUACUCGGCGAUCAGCAAUCAGAUGCAACAGCACAGCGGAGGACCACCACGUUCUCAGUCUUCGCGCGACAUUAUCCGCCAGGAAGCGAAGAUGCAGGAGAUGCAGGAGGAGGUUCGUCGACGAGAGUUGCGCGGUGGCGCGCCGCUGCUUAAUCAGCAUAGACCGCCGGCGAUGUACAACAUCGGCACUCGAGUAGCGGGUCCUCCUACUCAACAAGUACCGAAUACUUUGAAUGUACGUUCACCGAGACCGCUCGGUUCCACGUCGAGUCUGGGUACGACUUCUAGUUAUGCAGCGAGACAAAAUGCGCCUGGUUACAAUUAUCCGGAUACUCAAUAUACUCAAUAUAAUAGCGCGCAGUACGGUCAGUACGGCCAAUACAAUCAAUAUCCCAACCGUUAUCCGGUAAUCGGAAGUCAAUAUGGCCCGAUGAUGCCCAAGCCGAAAGGCAAUGAGGCAAUGGCGCGCGGCCAGCAGCCAAGGCCCAAUGAGAAUCUACUUGGCAGAGACUCGAACAAUCAGGAGACUAAAUCAUAUGCCGAACAGAACCGACAUUUCGCCGGUUCGCAGAACAGUCCGCAUUAUCCGAAUGGCAAUAUGGAACAGCGCGUUGAUCAGUACGGGAACGACAAUGUCGUCAAUCGUGCGCAAAAUGGAGAGGGCCACUCUACGACGACGUCGGAAGCGCCGCCCACGAGACCAGCUCUACCGUCUGAGGAUACGUUUAGCGAUAGUCCACCACCACCGCCACCCAAUACUUCGACGCAUCCUUUGUAUAAGCAAGCCGAUACAAGGUAUACCGCAAGCAUGCAAGAUCCACCACGAGGUAGUUAUUACCCUGCGGGAGGAAUCAGUGCCAUGCAGCAACCGCGUCAGUAUCAAUAUAGCGCGACGAAUCCUUGGCAACGAGAAGAAAAAGAGAAGGAACAAGCCCGUAGGAGAGAAGCUGCCCGACUAUGGCGAGAUCAGCAGAUCGCCGAGUUAAGCGCGCUAACGCACCGGACUCAGCAGCAAGAGGAGCAAUUGCGAGCUCUUCAACUGGAAAGAGACUUCCAGAAACGAGCAGAGGAAAUUGCCAAUCAAGACGAUGACGAAGAGAGCAACGAUUUAGACAACGAAAGUGUACAGCGGGUUCAGGGUUUGUUGAGAAUGGCGGCCAGUCAGGAUAGAACUGUCCAAGGAACUCUACAGCCACCGAUUUUAUCAAGAACGAUUACAGGCAACCAGUCUUUGAGAGGUGGUUUGCAACUUCAGCCUCUUAGCACCCAACCUGUCACUAGCAGCCACGCUCACAUUUUGUCUAGCCAAACGGCGUCUCAGAAUGUUGGAAUGAGUGGUCCUGGCCAGGAAAACAGUGGUUUACACGUGCAACCAAAUCAGCAACAGCAACAAACGGCAUUAGGCCAGAGCGAAGAGCAUGUGUCAGCACCCAAUUAUGGCGCACCUCUUAGCAAUUUCAAUUCCGGUCAGAAGUCCUAUUCCAUGAGUAUGCCGCAUUCCGUGGAAGACAGGGAACUGCAACGAAGAAUGGAUGAGGUGAAGCGGAAACAGGCUGAAUAUGAGGAGAAUCAAAAGAAGCAGGAGGAGCAACAAUUGCAAUCACAACAACAAACAUAUCAGCCGAGUCAACAUUCGCGCAGCCAGCUGCACCCCAGCAUGUUGCGCUUGGACAACUUGAUUAUUAAUGGCCCCAACGUAUCUAUGCCUUCGCAAAACGAUGCUGCACCCCCGCCACCAGAACGAGGCUCUAGUUACGCCGUUAUGUCUCAGCAAAGUGCUCUUAGAUCAAACGGCUCGACCACAUCCAAUCUACCUCCCACUUCUCAACCGCCAGCGUCUAUGAAAAGAGUCUCUUUUCAUGAUUCGAAUGCAAAUAGCGAGUCUAUACUACGCAAUGUAUCAUCUGGAACAUCAAACCCGCCAUCGAUCUCAAUGGAUACUAUUAGAGAGGAUCCCAACAAUUUUAUCAACGACGCGGAGAAUUUAUUAGCCUCUCCCAAGACACCGGAAGGAUCCGGGACUUCGUUUAGUGCCGCCACCCCCGGUGUGAUCGGAGCUCAAGAAGUCUAUAAGGAUCCAAGGCAAAAGCGAUUGGCGGAGAAGCAAAAGCAGCAGAACUCGCAAAUUGGAGCAGUGCCAGAGAAGCUCAGCUUCAAAGAGAAGAUGAAAAUGUUUGCGAUGGAGACCGGUGAGGACGGUACGCCGCGGGAUAAAGUUAAGAUCUCACGCGCUCAGCGCGAGAUUGACAACAUCAGCAGCCCGCUUAAUUCCAAUAGUAACAACAAUAAUAACAACAACACCACCACCACCAGCGGCAAUAACACCAAUAACAAUAGGACCUAAACGUUGCAUUCUUAUUUUCAGGCUUUAACAAUUAAGAUAGAGCGAAUAUUUUUCGAAAUAUCUAGGGCGUUUGAAGGAAAGUCACCAUUGUGAACCACAGAAUUGAAGGAGCAUGAUAUACAAUAUGAAAAAGGUAAUCUUUUACAAAAUUUACAUGAAUCAUUUGUCAAAAGACAUAUUGUCACGGUGUCGUUGACACAAUGAUAUAUUUAUAGAUCUAUAUAUACAUCAAUUUUUACAAGAAUAUUAAUUGUUUAACUACAAGAGCUAUUGUUGGCUUUUUGCUUUAUUCGAGAGAACUCGGCCAAGAGUACGCGUUAUAUAUAAUAAUUAAGAUUGCCGAAUUUCUCUGCCUUAUUUUUCUUCCGAACGCCCUGGAUACUUUGUCGUGCGUUUUCCGUCGCGGAUAAAGAGACAUACAGAGAAAUAUGUAUACUACGCAUAGUUGUAAUAUCACAAAGAGAUACAUUAAUUAAUUUUAUUGCUAAUGAUAUACCCACACAAGGGCUAUUUUGCAUUCAGAAUGAAUCCGAUUAGCCGGCUACGAUUUUCCACACAGCGUUGAAGUACAAACGGAAUUUUGUAUAGCUUUUUGACCAAAAAUGUUGUGUGUUCUGCGAAGAGAAGGACCAAUAAUAACAUAACGGACGUAUUGCUUAGUCGUGACGAGAAAGGAAGCUGUCCGGUAAUUCUCAUGUGCGACGCGUCCAAUAUAUUCCUGAAUACUUCCGGACCAACAUUAUCUUAUUAUAAAGUAACGGAUAAUCUGUCGAGACUAGUACGGCAUAGGCUAAAGCUCGCGAAUAUUAAAUAAGCACCUGAGAGGCGCAAGUUGUUUCGCGAGGAAGCUCGCGAGUGUACAUAAAGAAGAGACUGUAGGCCGGGCAUGAUUAUCAUAUGCGUUAGUUUUAUAUUUAUCUCUCGGCAACGGAAGAUUCUGAUAUAUAUUUAAAUUGUACCACUAUAUAUAUGAUUUACACACUUACGCCAUUAUGCACUUAACAAGGUACGACAAAGUAGCGAAGGUAGAUAGAAAAUAGAAUGGAAAAUAGGAAAAGAGAAGACGAGAACAUGUUUGCACGAAGGGGGGGGGGGUGCGUAUGUGUGCGCGUGUAUGUGCGUAUAAAUGAGAAAAUGAAGAAUGCGAGUAUAACGAAAGACAUAUAUAUAUAUAUAUAUAUAUAUAUAUAUAUAUAUAUAUAUAUAUAUGUAUAUAUAUAUAUAUAUAAUGCGUUUCAAAAGUAUAGUUGGCACUAGUUUAGUUCUCGUAUUAAAGCUCUAUUUUGCGUAGAGUUCGAACGAGAGUUCUAUUCCUCAUAGAACUCGAAUGGUAGCCCUACCAUUUUGUAGAACUCUGACAAAAGCUCCUAGAAUAAAAACGAAAGCUCUACUUGUAUAGAGCAUAGAAUAAACGCGUUACACGAUGGAUAAUGCAACCAGCGACAUGGAUAAUGAAAGAUUCCUACUUUAAAGUGUCUCUAUUUGUUCCAUUUACAGUUUUCCAGGAAACUGAAAUCUUACGCGGUGCAUUAUCGAUAUUUUAUUGAAUUUAAGUAGCGAGGAACCAAAUUUAGUUCUUGCUAAACUUCAAAAUAUGAUUAAGAAUUUGUUUCUUGUUUCAUUAGUAGAGUACUUAGAGAGAAUUAUUUUUGUCUAUUAAGAUUAUCCUUGUAAAGCCAUUUUUCAUUAAGGUGCAGAGUGAAUCACUUGAGAUGUAUUUAUCGCAAUAUAUUCCUUAAUUACAUAUAUUUUUUUAUACAGGUUUAUAGAGCUAAUUAAUAUUAUUUUUUAUCGAUUAAUUAGUUGCUUAUUUACUUUGAGAUAUAUUUAGUGAUCAUGUGAAAAUAAACCAUGGAUAACUUGCAAGAGAUUUAUGUUGCAAUUAUAUAUCGCGUUAUAAUUAUUAUGUUUAUUAUACACACAUAAAUAUUAUUGCAACAUAAAUCAUAGUAUAUUCCCGCAAAAUUUAAUAUUUAUUUUAUAUUGGAAUAUGAAGAAUUACAAGGUGUUGAAAUUUAUUUUUAAUAAAAUAUUUCAACUUAUUUUUAUUAUUAAGCGAUUUUUUUAAUUUUUAGUAAAAAAAAGCACAAAAAUUGGUUUUUUUUUAUUUAUUAUACGUGUAAUAUUUCGCAGUUACGAUCAUCAAUUUUAUUAAAUUAAGAGAUAUCAAUUCUCUUUUAGGAACUCUUUAGGAACACGUAACUUUCGAAUCGUAUUUUGCGUGUAAUCAGCCGAGAAUUAACAUCUUAAGUGUUUCACUCUACGUAAUCUUACUAUUAAUCGCCUCAACGCUAAAGUGAUAAUUAAAUUGUUAUCGUUGGAUGCGAAAUUUGCUCGAAAUGUUUCUUCGCGUAAUUCUAAAACUUAAGUUUAAAUGUAUUCGACUCUUUCGCACCUCAAAUAUUCGCGCAUGGUAAAGCAGUAUUCCAAAAAGGAGGGAGCUUAGUGAUCUAACGUGAAGAACAAAGUGUAGCAAUAUUAGGAUGUAAGGAACAACUUAUGUAGUAACUGUACAAACGAUCGUGGAGAAUGUCCGUUAAUUGAUCUUGCGUGAUAGAAAUCGCCACGCGAGUCGUUCCGACUAACGCUGGAGAAAUAUUUUACGUUCCACUCAAUUCUUUGGUAUAUUUGUUAAUAUUAUGCAACAUUCCUCAUUAUUUGUAUUCUAUGUUACGACAAAGUGAAAUUAUUGGUUGCAUUUGCGUUUUGACAGUAUUCUCGAGAACUUUGAGUAUGGUUCGAGUAUUAUUAUUUGUAAAAAUGAUUCGUUUUCGACAUUUUUCCUUUCGAAACUCACGAGUAUUAUAAAGCUUAUCUUCCGGCGUACAGAUAGAGAUAGAAAGAGAAAGAGAGAAGAAAAAGAGAGAGAAAAAGAGAGAAUGAGAAUGUAUGCACAGAAUGCAAUAUUAACAUGCGUAAUUAACAUAAUGUUACUACAGAUCAAUACUAACAUAUCUUCGCUUCCAAAGGGAAUUAUUCGUGUUUCUAUUCUCAUGUACAUUCUGAAAUUUGAUUUGUUCAAAUGACUCGUUGCUUGAGAAGCAAAGAUUUACAUUGCGGUACGGAAUAUUUAUAUAGACGAUUGACUCUUUUCAGAAACGAUGUGCUUUCAUAUUAAACUUUUCACGCGUAAAUAAAGAAUUUAACUUUCUUCAGAUGAGAUUCUGAGAUCUCGAACGACUUCACUAAUCGCUUUCCGUAUCCGUAGAAAAUCUUCAGAAAUGCACUUUUGUCUUAUUUAUUUCUUUUAUAUAUAUGUACUUUUUUUGUUCAUAUGCUUCGAGAUCCGAUUUUCCGGCCUUUACCAUUCCUCCAGUUGGGAACGAUAGUGAUAAUACUGAGCAGCUUGUUACACGCUGUCGUGCGACGAAUUUUGCUCGUGAUCACAACGAAUUUCCGCCUUCGGGCCGUACGCUGAUCGUACAAUUGUCGCGCGAGCGAGGUUCCAUCGUCCGUAGUUUUAACUCUUUUAGUUUUAAUCAGCCAUAUCGAGAGCCGGUCGAGUCGACAUUAAUUAAUAGCGACUAAUUACUUUUGCGUACAGGAUCAUUUAAACGUAUUCGUGUCGAGGUGAUGCCUAAACUCGAUAUUAAUCAAAUAUAUUGAUAAACGAGAGAAAACGAAAGGGAGUGAAAGAAAAAGAGAGAGAUAAAGAAUUAAACGAUAAUCGAUAACUCCCUUAUUGUUGUGUAUAGCAAGCGUAUAUAUUUGCACUAUAUUUUGUAAAACUGUUUUCAUAAUCUCGUACGGAGAAAAAAAGAGAGAAGAGCGGUGAUAUCAGCCGGUUGAUUAUUCGCCGAGAGCGACUCAACACGUCACGGGGAUGUUAUUAAUAUUACUAUAUUUUACUUAUAUAGUACCGAUUGUAAUUUCGCAAAGUACAGUAUAUUUUUUAAUUAUUGUAUCAUGUAAUGUUAUUAGCGAAAUACGAUAUUUGACGGAAAAUAUAUGUCAGCUGUAUUGAA